GCAGCCAUGCAAGUAGCGAUUAUUGGAGCCGGGGUCAUUGGCCUUUCCACAGCCCAGAGCAUUUAUGAGCAUUACCAUGACAAAGUCAGUCCCUUGAAUAUAGAUGUCUACGCAGACAUCUUUACUCCUCUGACCACCAGUGAUGGAGCAGCUGGACUGUGGCAGCCGUACCUCUAUGACAAGGGCAACAUACAGGAAACAAAAUGGAACAAAGAAACAUUUGAUUACCUUCUGAGUUUCCUCAGCUCUCCUGAAUCUGUUAAAAUGGGAAUAUUCCUGCAGUCUGGUUACAACCUGUGCACCCAACAUGCCCAGGAGCCAUCAUUUAAAGAUAUCGUGUUGGGUUUUCGGGAACUCACCCAGCGUGAGCUCGAUAUGUUUCCUGGAUACAGCUUGGGUUGGUUUAACACUGCUCUAAUGGUGGAAGGGAAGUCCUAUCUACCCUGGCUCAUGGAAUGGUUGGCAAAUAGAGGCGUGAAGUUUCACCACAGAAAGAUCCAUUCAUUCCAAGAGCUGGCAGAUAUUGGAGCUGACGUCAUCGUCAACUGUUCAGGCAUACGUUCAGGUGACCUCCAACCUGAUCCUGAGCUCACUCCAGCCCGAGGACAGAUCCUUAAGGUGGAUGCUCCUUGGUUAAAGCACUUCAUUCUGACACACAAUUUCACAUCAGGAAUUUACACUACACCAUACAUCAUCCCAGGGAGUCGUCUAGUGACAGUUGGAGGAAUUUUUCAAGUGGGAAACUGGAGUGAGCAGAACAAUUCAGUUGACCACAAAGACAUUUGGGAGAAAGCCUGUGCACUGGAGCCCAGUUUAAAAAAUGCUCGCAUAGUGGAGGACUGGACAGGCCUCAGACCUGUACGCAGUAAAGUCAGGUUGGAGAGAGAGACCAUCCGCUCCGGCCCCAGCGUGAUUGAGGUCAUCCAUAACUAUGGUCAUGGGGGCUACGGGCUGACAAUCCAUCGCGGCUGUGCUGAAGAAGCUGCUCGUCUUUUUGGCAAGAUUCUGCAGCAGCAAACCAAAGCUAAAGCUCGACUCUAAUUCACCAGUUUUAUUCGAUGUUACUUGCCUGUUCUAACUAGUUAAUCCAUAAUCAGUCUGUAAUUGAAAUGCAAUUCAGUUAAUGAAAACUUUGGAUCAUGAUCUCACAGCAAUGUAAAUCAGCAGAAACACAAAAUACAAUACAAUAGAUACAACAAGAAAGCUAAAAGUGUUGCGAGAUGGACAUUUUAAAGGAAGAUGAAUCAUUUUUAAAGUCUU